ACACUACCUCGUAUAUAAGAACCAUCAAUGAGCACAUUAUUCAUUCACUGACCUUUACAGUAUUAAAGAGGAAUGAAGACAAUAAUUUGUCUAGUGAUCUUGGUGGCUUGUUAUGAUGCUCUGGCCAUGUUAGCAGUUCCGUUGGAACGGCAAUUGGUACAUAAUGUUCACAAGUAUAAACAAAGCAAUUUCCGGUGGAAUGUACGAGAUAAUUAUAUUACGUUAAGACAGAUAGAGGAGAGAAAGGACAAAGAAUUUACUGAGUAUCUAAAAACAAAGCAAUAUGAACCAAAUAAUAGAAUUAAUGUCAAAAGUCAAACAGAAAAAGAUCUGCAGAAAUUAUCAAUGGUUUUUAGCAAUCAGUUAAGCAUCGAUACUUCUACGACAGAAAAUACCUUCGAUAAGAAAAAUAAUCAACCCUUAGCAAUGGUCACAAAACGAUCAGCAGAAAAGAUGAUGUACAAUGCAAAAGAUCCUCAGUCAUCGACAAUGCUGUUUAGCGACAUAUUUGAUACAAAUAGACAUGAACCUUUGUCAAUGGGAACAAAAAGAUCACCAGAAGUGAUGAUGUACAAUGCAAAAGAUCCUCAGUCAUCGGCAAUGCAGUUUAACGACAUAUUUGAUACAAAUAGACAUGAACCUUUGUCAAUGGUAACAAAAAGAUCACCAGAAGUGAUGAUGUACAAUGACAAAGAUCCUCAGCCAUCGACAAUGCAGUUUAACGACAUAUUUGAUACAAAUAGACAUGAACCUUUGUCAAUGGGAACAAAAAGAUCACCAGAAGUGACGAUGUACAAUGCAAAAGAUCCUCAGUCAUCGACAAUGUUGUUUAGCGACAUAUUUGAUACAAAUAGACAUGAACCUUUGUCAAUGGUAACAAAAAGAUCACCAGAAGUGAUGAUGUACAAUGCAAAAGAUCCGCAGCUAUCGUCAAUGCUGUUUAACGACAAAUUUGAUACAAAUAGACAUGAACCUUUGUCAAUGGUAACAAAAAGAUCACUAGAAGGAAUGAUGUGUACAAUGCAAAAGAUCCUCAGUCAUCGACAUUGUUGUUUUAGCGACAUAUUUGAUACAAAUAGACAUGAACCUUUGUCAAUGGGAACAAAAAGAUCACCAGAAAGUGACGAUGUACAAUGCAAAAGAUCCUCAGUCAUCGACAAUGUUGUUUUAGCGACAUAUUUGAUACAAAUAUACAUGAACCAUUGUCAAUGGGAACAAAAAGAUCACCAGAAGUGACGAUGUACAAUGCAAAAGAUCCUCAGUCAUCGACAAUGUUGUUUAGCGACAUAUUUGAUACAAAUAGACAUGAACCAUUGUCAAUGGGAACAAAAAGAUCUCCAGAAGUGACGAUGUACAAUGCAAAAGAUCCUCAGUCAUCGACAAUGUUGUUUAGCGACAUAUUUGAUACAAAUAGACAUGAACCUUUGUCAAUGGUAACAAAAAGAUCACCAGAAGGAAUGAUGUACAAUGCAAAAGAUCAGCAGCCAUCGGAAAUGCAGUUAAACGACAUAUUUGAUACAAAUAGACAUGAACCUUUGUCAAUGGUAACAAAAAGAUCACCAGAAGGAAUGAUGUACAAUGCAAAAGAUCAGCAGCCAUCGGAAAUGCAGUUAAACGACAUAUUUGAUACAAAUAGACAUGAACCUUUGUCAAUGUUUACAGUAACACCAGAUACAAAUAGACAUGAACCUUUGUCAAUGGUAACAAAAAGAUCACCAGAAGUGAUGAUGUACAAUGCAAAAGAUGAGCAGACAUCGACAAUGCAGUUUAACGACAUACUUGAUACAAAUAGACAUGAACCUUUGUCAAUGGUAACAAAGAGAUCACCAGAAGUGAUGAUGUACAAUGUCAAAGAUCCGCAGCUAUCGGCAAUGCUGUUUAACGACAAAUUUGAUACAAAUAGACAUGAGCCUUUGUCAAUGGUAACAAAAAGAUCACUAGAAGGAAUGAUAUACAAUGCAAACGAUCAGCAUCCAUCUACAAUGCAGUUUAACGACAUAUUUGAUACAAAUAGACAUGAACCUUUGUCAAUGGUAACAAAAAGAUCACCAGAAAGAAUGAUGUACAAUGCAAAAGAUCAGCAGGUCUCGACAAUGCAGUUCAACGACAUAUUUGAUACAAAUAGACAUGAACCUUUGUCAAUGGUAACAAAAAGAACACCAGAAUUGAUGAUGUACAAUGUCAAAGAUCCGCAGCCAUCUGCAAUGCUAUAUAACGACAUUCUUUAUGAAAAUAGACAUGGGCCCAUGCCAAUGGUUACAAAAAGAACACCAGAGGUGAUGGUGUACAAUGUCAAACAUCAAGAGCCAUCAAAACUGCUGUUUAGCGAGAUUUUAGAAACAGAUAAAUAUGAACCUUUGUCAAUGGUAACAAAAAGGUCACCAGAAGGAAUGAUUUACAAUGCAGAGAUUGAUGAUAAAAACCCAACACAUAUAAUGAUUUGCGCUGAGAGCAAUGUUUCUGCUUUUAUCACGGUGAACAAGGAACUGACAAACGGGACUAAUAAGGAGAUACAGAUUUUAAAUAAAGAAUUCAAAAACAGUAAUACAAAUCAGUGGUUUAAAAUGGCUGAUACAUUCGUCAAGGAGGCACCUUUAGAAGAAAACAUGUAUUUCAGUAAAUGGAAACAGACUAUCUCUAUUUUUGGGCAUGAUGAUUUAACUCGACAAUACUUUAAACUAAAAUAUCCAGCUUUAGGUAAAGAAGCAGUAAUACGUGAAAUUUCAAAAUCCAAUGUCUUUGAAAAACUGUUUUGGCCUUUUUCUUAUGACAUUGGUUUCAUGAAUCAAAAACUUGGUCUUCUUGGUUUCUCCGGAUUGGUCGCAACACCAGAAAAACAGAAGCUUAUGUUUUAUGAAAUUCUUGAAAAGUUCCAAACUCUAAAAAUUCCUGUUCAGCGCAAUAAGAUGGUAUACAGUUUCAAUGAUUCCCUUGUGAUCGAUGCAUUAAAUCGUUCUGGUCUUCAAGAAAUGAGCAAAGAAUAUGUAGAUGCGGGACUUCAUGUGUAUACAUUAGAAGAACAAGCUUAUAUACUGGAAAAGAUUGAAGCAGCGAUGUCACUGAUAAAUGACACAAUGCCAGAAUUGCACAAAGUGAUUAACCAAGUUGUAGCGGGCAUAGCGUUUUACAAGGCAGAGCAUCCGGGUUAUGCAGGCGGGAGUGUCAGUUCAGCUCUCGGGCUUAUUUGGCAAGAUCCUAAAUCAUAUAAGGAACAGACAGUGGCGCAUUAUGCCGAACAAAUUGUCCAUGAAUUUAUACAUACAUCUUUAUUCCUUGCCGACCUUGUACAUGGAACAUUUACUGACUACAGAUUGCUCUCCAUGGCAAAGGUAUAUUCACCAAUACGACAUGAACUUCGAGAUUUUGACAAAACCUUUCAUGCUUCUUAUGUUUCGACAGGACUUGUUCUUUUCCAUGCACGAGCUGGUAACUGGGAGAAAGCAGUUAAACUUGCUGAACCAUUGAGAGCAUCUGUAGAAGGUCUUACAAUGUUAGAUAAUGAAGUGGGCGUACUGAAUGAUUCGGGAAGAGCCAUGCUACAAGCCAUGGAAGAUUUCUUAAUUCUAAUUCGGCUCAUGUGAAAAUGUUAAGCAAAGUGUUAUGUGAAAGUGUGUUAUGCAAAAAUAUGAUAUAAUUUAA